AUGACAGUUAAAGUCGAUGUCUACAGUUUCGGGAUCCUUCUUCUUGAGAUCGUUAAUUGGAGAAGCAAUGCAGAAUACAGAUCAAACCAAGAAACGGUUUUUCUUCUAGAUACGGCCGGUAAUUUACAUGCGAAGCAAAAACUUCUACAUUUAGUUGACCCAAGGUUGGGCCCUUAUGAUCGGGACGAAGCCAACAUUGUGUUGAACUUGGCCAUAAAGUGCACUGAUCAAUCACCUUCUCUCAGGCCUACAAUGUCUCAAGUUGUGACUGUACUUGAACGUGAAAAAACACUUGAGGACAUUUCUACAGAGAUCGCUUCCUCUACAUGA